CAAGGGGCUGGCGGAGGCGGCUCGUCCGCCUGCCGUCCGUCCGGGAGUGAGGCGCGGCAGCAGCUCUCAGGCUGGCCAUGGCGAGGGGUGCACGGCGGCCACCUGAGUGGCGCGGUGGCGUCAGGUUCUUAAUCAAGAACCAACUCUAUGGAUCCAGGACGGGUUUGUCCCAGGGCCUGCUCUGAACAGCAUGCUGCCUGCUGAAGAGUCCAUUGGCAAACCAUCUCUGUUGCCUUACAGAGCGAGCAAAGAAGAUGGAUCGAUUGAAGAGCCAUCUGCCUGUGUGCUGUGUACCUUCUGUGCCCUUUCUAAUCCUAGUAUCCACUCUAGCGACUGCAAAGAGUGUGACUAACAGCACUUUAAAUGGCACUGACGUGGUCUUGGGCUUUAUGCCCGUAAUCAUUGCCAGAACUGACCAUAUCAUAGUCAAGGAAGGGAAUAGUGCCUUGAUUAAUUGUAGUGUUAAUGGCAUCCCUGAUCCACAGUUCAAGUGGUAUAAUUCCAUUGGCAAGCUGCUGAAAGAAGAAGAGGAUGAGAAGGAGAGAGGAGGAGGAAAAUGGCAGAUAAAUGAAGUCGGCCUCCUGAACAUCACCAGGGUGUCUUUUUCAGACCGAGGGAAAUACACCUGUGUUGCUUCUAAUGUCUAUGGCACUGUGAACAACACAGUGACCCUGCGAGUCAUCUUCACCUCUGGAGACAUGGGCGUCUACUACAUGGUCGUCUGCCUCGUGGCCUUCACCAUUGUCAUGGUCCUCAACAUCACGCGCCUGUGUAUGAUGAGCAGCCACUUGAAGAAGACUGAGAAGGCCAUCAAUGAGUUCUUUAGGACAGAAGGUGCAGAGAAGCUGCAGAAGGCAUUCGAGAUCGCCAAGCGGAUCCCCAUCAUCACCUCAGCCAAAACUCUAGAGCUUGCCAAAGUCACCCAGUUCAAAACCAUGGAGUUUGCCCGCUAUAUUGAAGAGCUGGCCAGGAGCGUGCCUCUGCCUCCUCUCAUCAUGAACUGCAGGACCAUCAUGGAGGAGAUCAUGGAAGUGGUCAGGCUGGAGGAGCAGGGGCAGAAUUUCGUGCGGCACACUCCAGAGGGCCAGGAGGCGGCAGACAGGGAUGAGGUGUACAUGCUCCGAAACUCUCUGAAGCGAAGUGACUCCCCCACCGCCGACUCAGACGCCUCGUCGCUGCACGAACAGCCUCAACAGAUCGCCAUCGAGGUGUCCGUGCAUCCACAGUCCAAAAAAGACCACGUGGACGACCAAGAGGGGGCACCGUUUGAAGUCAAGGAUGAAGAGGAGACAGAACCGUCAGCUGAACCUUCCCCAGAAACUGUAGAGCCUUCUACGGAUGUAACAUCCACGGAGCUAACAUCUGAAGAGCCCACGCCCGUUGAGGUAUCAGACAGAGGCCUGCCACCAGCCCGCCUGGGAACCACGGAGCCGGCAGUGACACACGACAGAAACACCUGCAUUAUUUAUGAAAGCCAUGUCUAAUAUCAACUCUGAAAAGCUAUGCAUAUCAAGAAAAUUAGGGGCUGCUCGUCGUAGUCCAGGUGUAGUACGCACUUGCCACUAAGCCUUACUAGGAGACUGGCAUCCCUUAGGUAGGAGUGAUGCCAUUGUCAAAGGGGAAACAUCUGCAUGCAGUUCAUGUGACUGGAACCUCCCCGGUCGGAAAGGAUGCGGGAAUCAUCAGGGUGCAGAAUCGAUACUAUUGGACAGGUGUCUAAGUGAUACGAAUGUUAGAGACGAUUCUCUGCUAAAUACCUUAAUUGGUGAUGCCCUUUUGGCAAAGAGUACACUGCUGUAAGAUAAAUUCUGAGUUCAAGAGCCCUGUCCAAUGCACACUGCAUUGCUUUUCUUUAAACAAACAAACAAAAAAAAAGUAUAGGUCUGCUGCAAUAGCAAAUGCACGUAUAUGGGUUUGUUGCACUUUCUUCUCAGUUUUUAUUCCUUUCACUGAUCCUUUAUAAUGGAGUAGUUGUUGUUAUAGUAAUACUAAUUCCUCUUUCUGGUUUAGUCCUUUUUGUCCUUAUUUUCCCCUAGAACAUUUACCUCAGAGGCUUUGGUAUCAGUCAUAGUCACCAGUACCAGGGCUGAUACCUCUAAGUCAUUUGUAAUGUUCCAAAGUAGUCACUAAGCUCCUUAUUUUCGUUAUUUCCCAGGCCUGUUUUCAUACCUUGAUUUUUAUUUGUUUUUAAUGAAGCUGCUGUGAAACUGAGAAAAACCUUGCCCAGGAAUAGCACUUUAAUAGCCAAACGAAAAUGUGUUUACCUGUCCAAUUCUGAGGGCCUUUUGGUGAGCUCAGCUGAGGUAUGGGGCAGCAGGAAUUAUAAAUGGUUGAAUAUACCCAUAAUACCCACGCAAACUGCUGUUUUUACAUUUAAGUAAUACCAUCUUCCAAACAAAAACUGAUUCUUUAUCUGGAAAAUGUAUUGCUUCCAAAGUCACAGACAUUGGAUGAAUCCCUGCAGGUUGUAGAAUAUUGGCUACCCAGAAGGACUUGCAGGGAAGGAUAUAUGACAAUGGUAUAGGAAACUGUACCAUCAACUUUCAUGCCAAAAUUAUUGAAUUAUUGUUUAGUCCCACAAGAAAGCAGUUAUAUGCAAGGCAGGAUGUCGUUAUAGACAAAAGACAAAACUAAUCAUCCAAAGGCCAACACCUUACCUGACUUUGCCAAUAACCAGCUGCCUGGCUUUGGGCAAGUCUGGGUUUCAAUUUCUUACUGGUCAGAGAGGUCAGACUCGAUGAGCUCUGAGCACCAUUUAAAUGGUCUCAUUCUCUCACAGAACCAAACCAAUAUUCUUUUUCAUAAGUACUUGAAAGAUUUUCACUGGUAUCUCUGGGUUCACCUAACAUUGUUUAUGCUGCAUUAUUUACUCAGAUAAAUGUGAUGAUUUUCAAAAAUCAUAGCAUUUUAAGUAAGUUGUGAAUCUUCUCCCUGCCUCCCCCCCCCCCCAAUUAGUCAUUUAGACGAAUUCUACAAUUUCGAUUUAAUCAUGGUGAGAACAAGUGGUAUUAUUUCAUUUUCACUUGGGAGCAGGGAGACACUAACCUUGAAGUGGUUAUAAGGGUCAUGGCCACAUCAAGUGAUGGGGUCAUGACAUUGAGGUUACAUGGACCACAGUGCUAAUAAGCAGAAGCAGAUGUUUAGUCCUCACUCUGUCACUAUCUGGAUAAGUAAUCUUGGACUGCUCCCUUCUCUAUUCUGGGGUUUAAUUUCUUUCACCUGCAAAAUAUAGCGGUUGUACCUGAUGAGUCACAGGAUCCCUUCUAGCUCAGACAUUUAAAGUUUUACAGAAAGUUUAUAAUCUCUCCUGGUGGCCCCCACUGCAAGAGACAAGCAAUAUUAGGAGCAAAAAUGGGUACAUGAGGUUGGAUGCUUUUGUUGUCCAAACUUUACAGCAAAUGUAUCUAUCUAGCUCUGUAGACGAGGGCAGUAAGUUUGGCUUUAGGGAUGGCCUUGACUGGUUUUUUAUACCUAGAUAACUGAUGUGGAAGGCAAUCUGACAACCAUGGAUUAUGAUCAGAACUCUCUUGGUCAGGAAUGAACUAUUGGCAUCUUUGGUGGUCACGUAAAGAAAUCAGUAGUGAGCAAUCAGGAGAAACUGAUCAGGCUCUCUUGACUGGGAUUUUAUGUAUUUGGGUUGCAGAGAAGUUUUAUCUCCAACUCUUAGAAUAUCAACAUUGUUAACUUCUUACGGAGGUCAACAAAUUCUUACCAUGGAUCUGUACACCCAGAACAACAGAGACUUAAACUCAUUUUUUGGUAUUUUGUGAACUAUUUCUCAAUGAAUUCAGUUGUCAUUCCACCCAAACCCAUGUGCACAUGUCCACAUGUAAUUUUCAAGAAAAGGCAUCUACUUCAUCUAGACAUUGGUUCAGGGUGAAAAGUUUACAAUGGGCACAUUUUUUAGGAAGCAGGAGCAGAAAUGUGUGACCAAAGAAUGUUUCCAUUUUGUUUUUAGCUUCUUCUCUGGGGAGAUUCUGUAGAUUUUCAAAACGUUCCCCCUCUUUAAAGCAUCCAAAAACUCUUGAUAUAAUAAUAAUGGCCAACCUAAAGGGAGCUUGACUUACAACAGAGAGUUCUCCUUCCAGAAAUUCUACACUCUUCCUAUCCAUCCUGUUGCUAGCUUAUAAAAUGAGAAAGGUUCUCCUGCUAGAAUAUGAAAUGUAGAAGACCUUGUAACUUUCAGCUGGUUUUUCAAAGAUAAAUUAAAUGGUUCAGCUUCAUAGAAUUCACAGAUGUAUGUCUGUGUGUGUGCACAACACACACGUCAGACUCACUUGGGCAGUUUUAAAAGUUUAACGCUAAAUCCCAAGCCAUGAUCUUGGAGUCAUAUGUAGUCAUUCUCAAAAUCAAACAAAAUCUGGUGUCUGAGUCAUCUGGUUAUAUCUCUAGCGAUUUUUUUUCUUGAAAUUCUGAAAAUGAUUCAGAGAUGUAUGCAUAUUUAAGUCACUUAGAUGAUCUGCAAACCUGGAUGGUAUUUAUUCUAAAUGGAAAAAGAAACAAUUUUAUACUGAAAAAUCUAUGUAAUUUAUAGUUUUGUUUAAUAUAUUAUAUUUUCAUAUCUCUAGGGCACAUCUACUCUUCUCAUCUUUUUGUAUAUCAUAUGUAGUAAAAAGAAAUACUAGCACUUGACUAAAAUCUCUAGGAACUAAAUGUGAUACCUAAUGUAUAGAAAUCACCCUAAAACGAUGUGAAUGUUCUCACCAUACCAAGCGUUAUUGUGCCGUGUUGUUACAUGGAGAACGAUUUGUCUCAGAUGCUUAUGAGCACUCCUUCUUCCAAAACUAAGGCUAGGAGACCUGCCCUCCCUCACAAUGGAUUCUGGAAGCCCUUUCCUUUCUUCUUCCUUUUUAGUGAUUGCUUCCUUUUUACCUGUCUGUGCUGUUUCAGCCCCCCUUUAAAGGGCAAGUGUGAGAUCGGAAGGCAACUUGAUGGAAGGACGGAAUUGAACUGUGGCUCUGCAAAUUAUUUAAUGGACUAAUAACCUGUUUUAAACCCAGUGCUUGGAUUGUCACAUAUUAGUGAUCUAAGAUCUGCUCGCUUCUGUAGCACACGAAGAAAAGGUGAGGCACAGCGAAUACUUGCAUGUUUUGUACAGGCACACUCUCCGUGUAGUGCAGCAGACACAAACCAAGUUAACCGUAGAAACACCAGUCCCAGCCAUGGGAGGAACUGGUCCGCCAAGGCAAAUCAGACACCUUCCGUUUGCAGAUGGAAAUACAGUGCUGUGUCAGGGCUGGAACUGAAAUGGCAACCUCUGUGGUCCUGUCAGUGGAGGGUUUCCUUCCACUCGGUAAGAAAACGGAGCGUUCAACUCCUCUGUCAGAUACUCUGUUUUAUACUCCGCGCAGUUCAGCUACUCACUUGUACCUGUCUUCACAUAUCCUUUCGGCAGUCCCUUAUGAUUAUUGUUCCUGUCCCUAUCUUUGCUUUUUAAACUAAUGUAUUGUGCUCUUUGGAUACCUACCAAAUCUCAUUGCCUAUUCCCACACAUAUUUGAGCACCGGAUGUCUUCAGGAUAUUAGUCAUUUUACAUUCACUUACUCAUUUAAAAAUCCUUCAGUAGAUAACCAAGUUUAUUUUCCUUAUGACUUUCCUAGGGUUUCUACAGUGUUUAAUCAUGUCUGGAGUAAAUAAAUCAGUGGCCGGGGGAGGGAAUCAAAACAGAAUUGCUUAUUAUGUUUUCCAAAGGACUGUUUGUUAUAAAAGGAAAUAUUGUAUGAGGGUGGCAAUGAUCUUUAAGAGUCUAUAAGAUAUCAUUUUAAGGAGGCUAGUACCCAGAAUACCACAAUCAAAAUUGAAGCUUUUAGAGAAUGUAAAAAUAGGGGAAAAAAUAGUUCUAAGAAUAUUUUGGCAUGAGUUAUUUUUAUUUAACCAGUAAUAAAAACCUUCAAAUGUAUCUCUCUGAUACCACAGAGCUGCCUACAGUGAGUAAAGGUCAAAGAAGAUGCUUAUAUUUCUGUUUGGUUUGCUGUUUAUGUAGUUCUGGAUAUCCUUUGUUAAAAUCAGAAAAUAAAAAAAAAUGUACCUGGGCAGAAACUUCUAACUGGUGAUUUUGUGAACUAUAAAUGUUCACUUUUUAAAAACAAGUAAAAUAUGGAAACAAAUGACUGAUAUUUAAGUUGAUGUUAUAGUAAGAAAAAACGUGUGAUUCAUCCUGUAUUUUGAUUGUUGCUUUAAUAAAGGGUUUG